CAUUAACUUAGCACUUAAGACUGAUAAUUUAUUUUUCUUUUACAGUAUACCCCAAAGUUGUGCACCCUCUUCUUUCUCCAUUUUGUGUGAAAGGAACUCUCUCUCUCUCUCACACACACACACACACACACUGGUCUUGGAAUUGGUUUUAGUUGUAACUUUAUUCACUUGAACUGUAACAGGACACUUAGUACUUAAGACUGAGACAAAUUUUUUUUUUUUUACAGUAUACCCCAAAUUCGUGCACCCUCUUCUUUCUCCAUUUUGUGUGGAGAGCUAUUCUCUCUCUCUCUCUCUCUCUCUCUCUCUCUCAGUGGUGUAAAGACGCACAACAGCGCAUCCGCUCGCCUCCCUAUUGACGUCACUUCGAAGUCAUGUGACCAGCCGUGGCCCAAUCAGAAGGAUGCUCUCGCAGCGCUUGGUUUCUCCACUGAGAGAGAGAGAGGGGCGGGGUUAAAAAAAACACACCGAGAGAGAGAGAGGGAGGAAGAGGGGAACCAUGUCUACACGCGUGUGAAGCCGGAGAGUCCCUGCCUGGCGGCCUGGAUUGUGUUUUCUUCGUGUUUAGUUGGAGUCCGCGGGGGAAAUGGAGAGCGGCCCGAACACACUGAACAGCUUCGUCAGAGGAGGCGGCGGGAGCGCGGGGCUGUAGCGCGAGGAAACCCGUUCCAGCGGAUAAACUCUCUCUCUCUCUCUCUCUCUCUCUGAUCAGUGUUCCUGAUCUGCUGUAGUUCCUGAGCGCGCUCGCAGGGUCGCUGGAUGGCUCGGCGGGUUUUUCACGCCCUCGCUGAGAAUAAUAAUAAUAAUAAUAAUAAUAAUAAUAAGUCGGCGGGGGAGGGGGCCGGGUGCCGGUAGCGCUUCCUGUCCGUCAGAGCAGAAGGUUGUGAGUUCUAAUCUCCCCGGGCCGGGGUAAGCGCUGGGCUUCCGCCUCCUGGCUGUGUGUGUGUGUGUGUGAGAGUGAGAGUGAGCUGGCCGCUGUGGAGCCGGAGCUCGGCCUGGACAUGGAGUUUACCGGCAGCGGUUUGAGCAACGAGCUGCAUAACAACAACCAGCCGUACCAGUGCGAGGAGAGCAAGCCCUUACUGGAGCCGGAGGGCGGCGGUAAUAACAGCAGCGGUAAGGCGGGCGCGGGCCGCCGGGGCGCGCUGCACUGCAGUGGGGGAGGCGGAGGGGGCGGAAUGCGCUAUAAGCUCCUGCAGGAAGGAGAUAUCCAGGUGUGCGCCGUGAGACACCCGCGCACCUUCCUCAGCAAAAUCCUCACCUCCAAGUUCCUGAGGAGAUGGGAACCUCACCACCUCACCCUCACCGACAGCAGCAUCGCCUCCGCCACGCCUACAGGUUACAUGGAGGUGGCUCUGUCCUACAGUACCAUAGAGGACCUGCAGCUGUUGUCUUGGGACAAUGCUCCUAAAUACUGUGUCCAGCUCAGCGUCCCUGGAGGGACCGUCCUUCUGCAGGCUGCCAACAGCUAUCUGCGGGACCAGUGGUUUCACUCUCUACAGUGGAAGAAAAAAAUUUACAAGUACCGCAAGGUGCUGAAUAAUCCCAGCCGCUGGGACGUGGUGCUGAAGGAAAUCCGAGCUCUGGUGGACAUGGCACUUACCUCUCCACUGCAGGACGAAUCUAUCCACCAAGCCCCUCUUCACAUCAUCUCCACCCUACUCGCUGAGAACACCAACCUCAGUGCCCAGGACCAUGAGAGCAUCAUUGUGGCGAUCGCUCCCCUGCUGGAAAAUAACCACCCUCCCCCUGACCUGUGUGAAUUCUUCUGCAAGCACUGUCGCGAGCGUCCACGCUCUAUGGUGGUCAUUGAAGUAUUCACUCCAGUGGUCCAGAGAAUUCUCAAACACAACAUGGAUUUUGGGAAGUGUCCCAGACUGCGUCUCUUUACUCAGGAGUAUAUACUGGCUCUGAAUGAACUGAACGCAGGCAUGGAGGUUGUCAAGAAGUUCAUCCACAGCAUGCAUGGCCCCACUGGACAGUGUCCUCACCCUCGGGUUCUCCCCAACCUGGUGGCAGUGUGUCUGGCUGCUAUUUACUCCUGCUAUGAGGAGUUUAUUAACAGUCGCGAUAACUCUCCUAGUCUAAAGGAGAUCAGGAACGGUUGUCAGCAGCAGAAUGAGCGGAAGCCCCCGAUGCCCUUACGGUUGAUGCGUCCCGAUACUCCAACCGCCCUUUCACCCCCUCCUCCAUCCAUCGUCAACUCCAGUGAGAUCCUGGUGGAACUGGAGCGCAACAACAACAACACUGCCAACACUGCGCUGCGUAAGGCACCCGCAGGGGGCGACAGUGAGCCCAGCCUUAUCGAGUGCUUGCUGGUGAGCCCGGCUCUGAGCGCGCUGUCCAUUCAGCUCCCCGCCCAAGCUGACCGAGUGCUCGCCUGCUUCGCGCUCAUCCUCAAGAUGCUCUCCGACUACGAUGACUGGAGACCAGCGCUGGCUAGCCUGCUACAGCCCAUCCCAUUCCCCAAAGAGGCCCUUGCUCAUGCCAAAUUUACGAAAGAGCUGAAGUACGUUAUUCAGAGGUUUGCCGAGGACCCUAGACAGGAGGUGCAUUCCUGUUUACUGAGUGUGCGUUCUGGAAAAGAUGGCUGGUUUCAGCUCUACAGUCCAGGAGGUGUGGCCUGCGAUGACGAUGGAGAGCUGUUUGCCAGCAUGGUUCACAUCCUCAUGGGUUCUUGCUACAAGACGAAGAAAUUCCUCCUGUCUCUGGCUGAAAACAAACUGGGCCCCUGCAUGUUGCUGGCACUACGAGGGAACCAGACCAUGGUGGAGAUCUUGUGCCUGAUGCUGGAGUAUAACAUUAUAGAGAACAAGGACACUCAGCUACAGAUCAUCUCUACCCUGGAGAGCACGCAGGUCGGCCUGCGCAUGUACGAGCAGCUGUGCGAUAGGCAGAGAGAGCUGAAAGAGCUGCAAAGAAAAGGAGGGCCUACCCGACUCACUCUGCCAUCCAAGUCCACGGACGCUGAUCUUGCCCGCCUGCUGAGCUCUGGCUCCUUUGGGAACCUGGAAAACUUGAGUCUGGCCUUCACCAACGUCACCAGUGCCUGUGCUGAGCAGCUCAUCAAGUUGCCGUCCCUCAAACAGCUCAACCUGUGGUCCACUCAGUUUGGAGACGCAGGGCUCCGACUGCUUUCGGAGCACCUGGCAUGCCUACAGGUCCUCAACCUGUGUGAGACGCCAGUCACUGAUGCUGGCCUGCUAGCCCUCAGCUCGAUGAAGAGCCUGUGCAGUUUGAAUAUGAACAGCACUAAACUCACUGCAGACACCUACGAGGACCUAAAGGCCAAACUCCCCAACCUGAAGGAGGUGGACGUUCGUUACACGGAGGCCUGGUAAACGUCCUCAACAGAAUCUCCGUCAUCAUAUAAACAAGCAUAAGGAUCUGCUGACACCGUCAAGACACCGAGCCUUUAACAUCAUCACAAUCAGUAAUUUGCAGACGAGGACCGUCUUUAUAGGAACGCUCUACAACACCAAGGACCUCGUGGUGACACGAGGCCAGCAUUUGUCUCGUGUCCUCAUCACAACACAGAAAGGACUUCCUUUGUAGCCACAUUAAAAGCGCAAGAAAUAUUUAUAGUGACGUCGCGAAAUGAAAAGGAGGCCCGUGAUUCUAUUUAUAUCACAGAAGGAGACUUUAGUGCUUCCCCCCCUCCCCUCCCCUCCCCUCCCCUCCCCGACUGUGCAUCCUAGUUUUUCACCACUCGAAGGCAUAUCAACCCAAUUGGCUGCAACUGGUUCUCCUUGAAAGUGUGUCUGAAACAAAACAAACGGCACCACUUUUUUUUUUUUUUUUUUUUAAUCCACCUCCUCCCCCUAAGAUCAGAGACUUCAGAGUUCAGAAGCCGACUUUCCUGCCUUCAUCACUUUUUUUUCCUUUGGUUUUUGUUGCUUCUGCACGGGGAGCCGUUCCCCCAGAGGUGCACCCUGACUGGCAAGAGCCACAUUCCAGUACAGUUUUGAUGUCGCCUCUCUGCGGAAAAAAAUCCGCACAUCCGUGCUUGGUCCUCUCGGUUCCAGUUCUGCCAUUUUUCUAUCCAUCACAACCCGAUGCUGUUGCCUCUGAUGUAGAAAGGUGGUAGCCUGAGUGUCCACGACUGUAAACACUCAUAUAUUUUAACCUCUCUCUCUGUGUCUCGGUCUCUUUUUCGAAAAUUUUUUAUCAACUUGAAUGAGCAUAUUUUUCCACACAUCUCUGCUUUCAUAAAUUGUGUGUUUAUACAGUAUAAAGUAUAUAUCGAUAUCUAUCUAUAUUCCCUUUUGACAUUGUAACAAUUUCAGGAGCUCGGUUGUACAACCCUACUAGACAGAAGAAUUUUAUCUUUUUUUUUUCCUUUGUUUUUUGUCCGCAUUUCUUUGGGCUUCUUUGUACAAAGUACAAGUUUUGUUCAUGCACCCAUAUUUGAGUCUGCGCUUGUUUGGAAGGUAGUCUGGGACUCCUCCUCCUAUUUAUGAAGCUUCUUUCUUCUCAAUUUUGGCCCCGGCGUUUCCUCACAAUCCGUCUGUCCUCGACGAACUUUUUGUCCCGUUUGUGGAGUCAAAUCAGCCAAGCUGGUGCCUACAGGACGUUUUCUACAAAGAGUGCACCUCUUAAGAAGUGGCGUCACGAUCGCUGGAUGCAAUCCGUGUAAAUAUCUUGGCACACGUCAUCCGCGUUGGUGAAAUGUUCGAUUGAUUUCCUAUAGCGCUCGCUUAUCACAUAUGACCUACGACGAGAUGUCGUGCACAUUUAUAAGAAAUCAACCGUCAAGACACAUAUAUAUAUAUAUAUAUAUAUAUAUAUAUAUAUAUAUAUAUAUAUAUAUAAUUUUGUAAAACGGUCAAGAGUUAUUCAUGUGCUUUUAUUUUUUAUUUUUUCCCAUUUAACAUUUCCAAAGGUUUUCCUGUUAAUGGUCACCAAGUCAGGUAAACAUUAGAAGGAAGAGAUAACGGAGCGUGGUGUUGAUUUGUGCAACAAAGUGUCUUCUGUAAACAUCCAUAUAUAAUAUGCAAACGUUCCUGCACGUGGUUCGAGCUGACGGCUAAUUGAGCGCUUUGUUUAGACGUAAUACUAGAUUUGGAUUACAGCGCCCUCAGAAACUCUACCAGACUGCUCUCUUCUCUUCUCGCCUCGUCUCGUCUCGUCUCUCCCUGCACUUCCAAGCACAGACAGAUCACGCUCCGGUUUGCUACCCCAGUCCUUGACCAGUCUCUGAUUGGACAGUUUGGUUUUUUGCCAUUCUUCUGAUUGGUCCAGUGGAGGAACCUGAACUGUACGGUAGCUUGAACGGAGCGUGGAGAUGGACACCGUGCACCGAGACUUUAAUACCGUGGAUGGUAGGAGCACAGAGGUCCAUCGUGUUCUACCAUCUCAGGUCCAGAUAAAGACGCUGCGUGGUUGCAUCCUGUAUAAUGUAUAUACAAGUGUAUAUAACUUCCCUCACCCACUCUCUGUCUGUCUGUCUGUCGUAUAAUUCUUUAUUCGUUUCUUUCUCAUCUUUUUGAGAGACUGCUGUUGCCUUCAUUUUCAGGAUAUGUCUACAUGUAUGGUCAGCUUUUCCUCCCCCCUCAGACCAAGUGCACUGUAAUAACCUUCAAAAUGUCAUCUUUUAAUUGUCACUUUAGUCUAUGUUUUUUGAAUUUCUUUUUUUCCCUCCUCUUGCUGCAUGUACAUGUUGCAUUAGCAGAUUUUUUUUUUUUUUAAUUUUGUAAUUUAAUUUUGAACGCUUAAAUCAGAUAAGCAUCAGAGGAAGGAAGAAGUGAGCGUGUAAUUUCCAACCAAGAACUUCAGGAGUGCGCUGUAUGCAGCGGAAAUGUAAUUAGUUGCCAUUAUAAGUGAGAAGACAAUCCGGUGUAAUGGUUGUGAACUUGCGAGUUGGCUCAGUAGAGGAAAUCUGAUGUCUUUGUUCCCACUACAAGUCCUCCGAGAUGUCUGGAAUGGUUCUGCUGUGUAAAGUGGGCCAUGUCUCGGCGACGGAGAGCUACAUAUCCUGACAAGGUCCCCAAUCAUUACUUUGUGGGAAGUGUCUCCAAAAAAAAGGGCAAUGGGGCUAGAAUAAAUCGGGAAUCAAUUUUUUUUUUUGGGGUAUAAGAAGUGGGGAUGACUGACUAUUAGUCAUCUGUCUGUUUCGUGUUGCUCACUGCUUUUGUCUCUUCGCACACCUUCCUACCCCCCUCCUACGAUAUUAUUACAAUUUUUCAGCGGUUUCUAAGAAAAAAAGGGAAAAAAAAAAGAGCUUUCUAUCAUUUCAAAUUGUGACCGAGUCUUAAUGUGGUGAUGAAUGGGACGUCUACCACUGCAGUCCCCGCCUGGGUGCAGUCAUGUACAUAAAUUAACUACGUUUCCCAUGAUUCCUGGAGUUUUUUGCAGAUAGAACUGCUGCCUUUAUUUCUUCCUGUCUGUGUUUUUAAAUGCUUCUACAGCUGGGUCGCUGCUGCUGCUCUGUGGCUGUUGUAAUGACAAUACAAGACCUUGAACAGGAAAAUAAGUCAGCUACGAUGUGAAAUAAUUUCAAUCAGAAUAAACUGUCUGUGAAUAUGUUUCAAA